UAUUUUAAAAAAUUUUAAAGAAUAACUUCAAAUUAGUUGUUCUCUUCAUCUUAUAUUAAGUAAAAAUAAUUACUAUGUUAGUUUCAUAUGUAUGUUGGGUUAUUGCAUUAACGUUGCUCUCGAGUAAUGUCAAUGGAGCACAUUUCUUGUCAAAUCUUUGUACUGAAACUACAAUAGGAACUUACCCAUACCCAGGAGUUUACAAUGUAUAUUUUGAGUGUGAAUAUGGGAAUGCAACAAUUUAUGCCUGUCCUCCUGGUACCAAUUUUGAUCCAAUUUUCAUGAUAUGUUCUAAAAGAGACGUUCCUUAUGAACGUAAUGAUUGUGUCAUCAAUGGUUUAAGUUUUCCACAUCCAUUUAAUUGUAGAAAGUUUAUUCUAUGUUUUAACUCAAAAAUCAAGAUUAUUGACUGUAAAUUUCCGAUGGUUUACAGCAUAGAAAUGCGCCAAUGUGUAUAUAGAAACAGAGUCUCAGCUUGUAGACGUACAUCGACAGAUGUUAAUUUACGAACCGAUUUGAAUACUCAUAUUCAUUACAGUGUAAAUGAAAUACUUGGUAGAAAACGAGAUAUACUGCACGAAUUAACUGACUUGGAUGAAGAUGUUGAAAAAGAAUCGGGUGAGUUAGAUGAAAAUUCUUUACAAUCCAGCCGUGAGUUAGGUGCACCAAUCCAAAAUGAAAUUUAUGAUGAUCACUCUUUAGAUUCAUCUAAAAAAGAAUUUUCAAAUGAGAUCAAAAAGGAUAAAUUGUCAAUACAAGACAUGAAUUUAUUACUCAGAGAACUUGGUGCUCCGUAUAAUGUUGUAUUAAAAAAUUAUAAUACGAAUAUUACUGAUACUGAAAAGGCAUAUAUAGAAUCAUUUCAAAAUCUACUUAAUGUGUUUUUUUUAACUUCAUUGAUAAUUCAGCACAAUAAAACCUCUACCGAAAAUUUUAACCUCUCACUACCAACGACGAAUACCUCUAGUCCAAAUUUUAAUGUUUCUAAAAAUGUCUCAAAUGAUUUAAUGACAAGUACUGAUGAAGUUCGCCAAUUUUCUGAUGAUAUAAAAAUAGUUACACAACCUAUCGAAACUACAUUACCGAUUUUUUCUCCUUUAGAACAACCUGAAGAACAAAAAACAGACAAUGUUACGAAUUCUGAAGAAAUUCAAAGUGCAAGUGAUUUUUCUCAAAAAAGAAAUACUUCUGCAUUAGCUUCCACUGAAACUAGUACAGUUUCCAAACAAAUAGAAGAUGCAGUUUCUAAUAUUACCCCAACGGUAGAAAUUACUUACAAUAUAAUUGAUCUUGAACAACACUCCAAUACGGAUAAAUUACCUUCUACUCCAUUAAUGAGUACUUCAGAGAUAGUUUCCUUUUCAAGUACUACAUCCACUACUAUUUCAGAUACAACAAAUACAGAUAUUGGUAGUACUGAUGAUAAAAAAAUUGAAGAAGUAAGUUCUGUUGAACCUAAGGUGUUGAAUUCUAGAAUUGAUAUGAUAGAUGAAGUAGCAUCGAGUACCGAACAUGUUGAAAAAAUAGAAAACAUUCAUGUUAAUGAUUCUGCUCCAACAAAAGUUGAAAAUACAAUUGUUCCUGAGCUAGUGACAGAACUCUCCUCUUCAACUUCUGCGGAGUCUAAUCAAAAUCCAUUGGAUCGGAUUAUUGUAAAUUAUAACAGUGAUGUGCAAAUAGAUCAAGGUUAUUCAAAAAUCCAUGCUGUUGAUUCAAGUGGUGAAGAAACAGAUGAUACCAACAAAGUUUCUUCACAGCAUGAAGAAUUUUCAUCGAGUACUACUACCUCUAGAUCAUUAGACUUUGCGACCGAUAAUGUGGAAUCAGACUCUGGUAGUGUUUCAGAAGUAACAGAGGCUGAAAUCAGAAUUUCCAAUUAUAAGAAAGUUGAACAACCAACUGAAACAAAUGAAAAUUUAGAAUUUACUACUUCAACUCUUAUCACUUUUAAUACGGAAUCAACAAAAUUAAAAGAAGUCGACAAAAUUAGUGAAGAUAUUGGAAGUACACUUGUUUCAACACAGCAUGUAGAAAUUACCUCUUCGACUAUUGCUGCCAAUAGAAUUCCAGAACAAACAAAAAGAACUACACUUGACGAAAAUGCUUCUGAAGUGAAGACUACUACUUUACUUUUUUCGACAUCUAAUCGUCCAUCUGAUGAUACUGAAGAUAUAACAGCUCAAAGUGUUACUCCGUUUUCAGAACAAUCUAUGAAUAUACCAGUUGUUCAUUAUUCGAAUGCAAAUAUUACUACAACAGCAGAAUUUGAAAGUACUACACGUUCGGAUUCUCUUAACAUUGUUUCUAGUGCUAUUAAAAAUCAUGAAAAUACUGAAGCCCUCAAAGUUUCUCAAAAUUAUGCAGUUACAACUGAAAGUCUUAAUAUUGAUAGUACAUCCAUUGAACCUAAACAUAUCAGCGAAAUAAAUCAUCAAAAAAAUGAUGAAACUCUUGAAAUUGUUAAAAAUAUUGUUACUACAAGUGCAAGUCAAUCUGUUAGUACAUCUACUAGACCUGAAUAUAUUAGCACAACUGAUAAUCAAAAUAAUGAUGAAAUUCCUACAACACUUAAGCAUGUUUCUAAUUUUAUCGAAAAUCAAAGAAACGAAGAAAUAUCAACUCCUCCCACGAACAAUGUAUUGAUAAAUGAAAGUAAUAUUGCUAAUCAGGAAAUACCAGAUGCACUGAACAUUCAGAAUGAAAGAUUCCCGAGGAAUGUAGAUUCAGAAAUUGCGCAAGUUGGAGAGUCCAAUGAUGAUAAUAUUCGUCUAAGUACAUCUAUCGAACCACCUAAUUUAACUAAAAUAAAAAAGUAUCCUCCUCUUAUCUACGCUUGGCGUAAUACGAAGAGUGUGAAAGCUAUUUCUAUAUCAAGACAGAGACUUCGGUUGAACGGUACAGCUCAAGCUAAUUUCGGUUACGUAGAAGUUAAAGGAGUAGAUGAUAUUUGGAGAGGUGUUUGUCAACCCACCUAUUGGACUAUUGCAGAAGCAGAUAUUAUAUGUCGAGAACUUGGCUAUCAAAACGGUGCACAAAAAGCCUGGAAAGGUCACUCAAAUCGAAUGGAUAUCCCUGCUUGGACUGCAACUUCAUCCAUCCAGUGUGACGGUAAUGAAGAAUGGGUUAAUAAAUGCAGAUUUCAGGAUGAAACAGAAUGUGAUCUACAACAUAAUGCAGUUGGAGUAGAAUGCUUAUUACAGGAUGCAACUACUUAUUAAACAUGAAUAAUCUUUGUCAUACAUUAUUUAAUAAUAAACAAAAAGAUCGUUAUUAAUAA